AACGCGCCACGUCCCACGGCCACGCGGAGAAGGCACCGACGCUAACACGCUUGUUUACGUCUCUUCGUGCCACCGUCGCUCAACCACCAUCACCACCACCACCACCACCACCAUCAUCAUCCCUCCCGUGCGCGCCACGCUAACGAUCGCGCUCGUUAUCGGCGGUGAUAUAUACGCGUGUACGGCCGUCAGGUGAAGCGGGAAAUCGAUUCGACUCUCGGAGGAGCUGCGUGGUCAGCAAAGCGGAAAUAAUGCGCGGAAGUCGUGGGACGAUCCUCGUCCUGUGCACGAUGAUGAAUUGCCUGAGAUUGGCCGCAUCCUCGCCUACAUCGACGAGCGUGAGGCUCGACGACGAAUGCAAUCGAGACCGGGAGUGCGAGAUCGGUAUCGCUAAUAGCCACUGCUACUUGGGUUAUUGCCGGUGUCAGCCCUUCUUCGCCGGUUACAAUGGAACCCAUUGUCUCGAAUCGACUCUACUGGGAAACGAUUGUAUCGUGAAGGAACAAUGCUCCUUGAAAGUGGCGAACAGCAGCUGCCUCGAAGGUGUAUGCAGAUGCGAGGAGGGACAUUUACAGUUUCGCAGACAUACCUGCCUGGGACAGGCUUUGUACGAGAGUUUAAAAUU